UAUAACAAUAUAAACUUUAUCAAGGAUAUGAAAAGGCGGAAGAUAAGCCCAGAUUCCUCAGAAAAACGCCCAAAACCCUCCUCAGACGAAGCCACUAACUAUCACACACCUAAACGAACUGCCUCAACUCGUCCUAGAUUUGUUACUCCCUUUAAAACUCCUCUAAAUACGUGUAAACAUGAGUCGGGCAGCGUUGAGAGCCCAACUUCUCCUGUUGAAAAAGAGAAUCGUUCUGAAGCUGAUAAAGUAAGGAAAUCAGAGCAGAGCGAGAGUUCAUCAGUAGGUUUGGGGCACACUCCUAAAUCUAGAGUGGAAACUCCGCGAUCUAAAACUGUUCUCAGACGUUUCAAUACCCCUUUAAAAGUAUUACAACACACUGACACUCCUCAAUCACCGAUGCAAACAUUUCUUGAGAAGAAGAAACUGCAAAAAGAGCUCGAUGAUAAGGAGAGCUUGCUGAGAAAGUUCAAGCAGUACAGCCGAGCAAAAGAAAAUGGAGAGAUUGAGAAACUGGAGAGUCUGGUGAAACAGUGGCGAGGUGUCAGUCAGGAGGUUUUGUUGGAAAUGUUAAAACAUGGUAAAAAUAACGAACCAUCUCUUUCUCUUGGGUCGGUUCUUCAGAGGUUGAGGGUCAAUCCUAUUUUGGUCAAUUUUGAUGCGGAAAACGACGAUUUCACAGAAUAGCUGUUGUUUAGUCGUGGUUAAUCUUGUGAAUUACAGUUUCUAAUUAAAUAAGUGUACAUAGUUGAUUGUUAAGAGGUUUGAGGUAUGUUCCUCAUUGCGCUUACUGAAAUUUGAAAUUGGUCGAAAGCGCCACAUGGACGUCCUGGGAGAAUCUUUAGUUUACGUGUGGCGCGCCGACAAACCUUUGUGACAAGUGGAAAUUUCAGCGCAACGCACGUAUCGUUAUGUUCAUAAAAGCAGUCUGUUAUUGGUCAGUGGGUUCGCUGGCAAAUGCAAAAUCCAGUUACAGAAAGCCUGAAGAAGUUUUUGAUCCGUACUUUUGAAAGUAGCGUACCAAGAAGUGGGUUGAGGACCUUUGUCAUAAUAAGUUCAAGUUACAAUAUUUGCUUCUAUUGUGUUCAGAAUUUCUGAGUGUCGUUCACAAAGGAUAUCAUUUUAAACUGACUCACAAGUUGUUCUUUCUUGUCAGUCGUUGUAAACACCGGCAGGGUUGUUGUUGCCCAUAUUACAACUAUAUUCGUUGAUCAACGUUAGUAAAACAUGUGUUAUCCGAAUUCCCAUCUAUAGCAGAUAAAUACCAUGGCAGUGGCAACUACUAAAGAAGGGCACCCCUUGGAGCACGAAUAUACCAUAUGGUUCGGUUGGAAGAACAGAAACAACAACUUUAAAUCUGCCAUGGACAAAAUAGGGUGCUUCCAAACGGUGGAAGGGUUCUGGGAGUUGUACAGUUGGAUGAAGCGACCCCAUGAUUUGAAGCCGUGUGAUAUCAGCAUCUUCCGGAGCGACAUUCAGCCGUUCUGGGAGGACGAGGCCAACAAAAGUGGGGGAACUUGGAUUGUCAGAAUAAAACGACAGUUUGUGUCAAAAACCUGGGAACUUAUGGUCUUAGCAAUGCUUGGAGAACAGUUCAUGGUAGGACCGGAGAUUUGCGGAGCUCGACUUAGUAUGAGACAUAAUGAAGCUAUUUUAUCAUUGUGGAACAGAAAUGCUCAAGAUCAGAAAACCUGCUACAGGAUCAGGGACACGCUAAAAAGAGUGCUGCAACUUCCAGACUUCAUAAAGUUAGAAUACAAAGCACACGCGGAGAGUAUGAGAGACAGGUCCAGUUAUCAAUACACUCACGUCAUCACAGACUAGCAAAGUGAAAGCGAAGGUGAAAGAGAAGGAUGUAAUUGGUGCUAACUAGCAUCUUCUUUUGCGUAGCUAUUUGAUUAGGGUUUAGUUUAUGUUAUGGGUUCGAGUUUACUGUAGCUUAAUUCAUUCAAAUCUGGCAUUUUACUAUAGCUAUAGUUUUCUUUAACAAGAUUGUUUUUAGUUACCUGAUUCGUGACAGUAAUGGUCGGUUAAAUUUGUGAAUAUAAAAAGUUUAUGGAAUUUGGAUAGCUCCUAACUGACUGACGAUCCUGCUUUUAUUCAAACACUGUUUGUUGUUUAUAAACCCACUACGAUCAAACCCAGAUUUACAAGUUUUAUCGGUUUUUAGGGUUUAUUUUAAAAUCUCAUUAGACAUCUGUAAUGACUACUGACUAGUUCAGUACAGUGUUAAAAAAGUAACACACUGGUAAAUAAGGGUUUGACUCCUGAUCCUGUACCCAGAGCUUUUAGAAGCUGACCCGCAUCUUGUAACCUAGUAACCUGUUGUAACCUAGUAACCAGUUGUAACCUAGUAACCAGUUGGUAACUUGUAAAAGAUCUAUUUAUUAUUCAGCACCUGUUUUGUGUUCAGUGUUAAAGUUGAACAGUUUUGAGGUUUUUAUAACGAUAAUAUUUUACCAACACUGC